ACCCGCUAGAGAGCGUACUCGAGCGUUGCGAUCGCGAAUAGCAAAGUGCCUGCCUCUUAAUGUAUUCUCCUUCCUCUUGGCGAUAGAAUUUGCUUGGCGAUCAUUCAUUUCCGAUGAUCACCAAAAUUUAGGGUUAUUAAAAGUCCGGCAUUCGAGACAGUGCGUGAAGUUUAUUUGUCACGGCUAAAAUUUAUUAUUUUUGUUUGUUGAUUUAUAAAACCGUAACUGUGUGCCAUAUUCGUUCUUUUUGUGUCUGUGGUGCAAAAUUCAUUAGUUUCAUAAGUUUCGUGUCUAAUUCUCAUGCACUAUUAAUUGUAGUUUUUUGAUCUCAUUAUUGAAAAAGCAACUUGUUUAAUAAGUUAUGCCGAAGAAUAAAGGAAAGGGAGGUAAGAACAGGAGACGUGGUAAGAAUGAGAAUGAAGCAGAAAAGAGAGAACUGGUAUUUAAAGAAGAUGGUCAAGAAUAUGCCCAAGUUCUAAAAAUGCUGGGUAAUGGACGUUUGGAAGCAAUGUGCUUCGAUGGUGUUAAGAGACUCUGUCACAUUCGUGGAAAGUUGCGAAAGAAGGUUUGGAUUAAUCAAGGUGACAUUAUUUUGGUUGGUCUGAGAGACUAUCAAGAUGCUAAAGCAGAUGUCAUUCUCAAAUACAAUCCAGAUGAAGCCAGAAAUCUUAAAACUUACGGGGAAUUACCCGAAUAUGCUAAAAUCAAUGACACAGUUAACUUUGGAGAAGAGGAGGAAGAUGACAACAUUAUCGAAUUCGAUGAAGUCAGUGGGGAUGAAGAUAUUGAAAAUAUCUAGAAGUGGUUGGGAACAAAGAUUUUAAUGUCUUCUUCUGCAAUGCUAUUUUAAAAUUCACCAGACUGUUUAUUUAAUUUACUGAAAAAGAUGAUACAAAAGAUCAUUAUAAAAUAUUUCCUGUCUUUUAUUGUAUGUACACUGUUAUUGUAAGAAAUUGCAUUUUGCUGAAAUAUAAGGAAUUUCUUUGUAUUUUGCUGAAAAAGGUCAGCUGUAUAGUUUAACAACAAAUGAAUUUUAUUGUGUGUCAAUAGCAUUAUUUAUUAAAAUUAGAUCCAACUCAA